AUGGCAAACGAGUCCAAAUGGCGCGGGGAAUCCAAAAGAAUCAAGACUGUCUCUCUGGUGCCGAUUUCGCAGGCGAUCGAAAGAACUAGGCGCGAUCGGGAGGAGCGGCAGAAGAUAGUCCUGUGGAAGAAGCCAUUGACUACUUUGCGGUACUUCUUACUAGAAACUGUGAUUAACUUGAAGGUGUGGGCCUACAGAGUUUGGUGGUGGCGCGGCAUCCUGCUGUUAGCUUUUCUGUUGCUGGUCACGGCUGGGACGCUCUGUUACAUCGAAGGACCUCACCAACUGUAUGUGAGUUAUUUAGAGAAAAAGAUACUGUGGUGUGGUUACUGGGUUGGUCUCGGAAUUCUGUCCUCUGUUGGCCUUGGUACGGGUCUCCAUACUUUUCUGCUCUACUUGGGCCCUCACAUUGCUUCGGUUACCCUGGCUGCUUAUGAGUGCAACACUGUUAACUUCCCAGAGCCACCCUAUCCUGAUAGGAUUACUUGCCCCGAUGAAGCUAUCCCUGAAGAGUUUAUUUCCUUAUGGGCCAUUCUCUCAAAGGUCAGGCUUGAAGCCUGUAUGUGGGGUGCUGGCACAGCCAUUGGAGAACUGCCCCCUUACUUUAUGGCCAGGGCUGCCCGAUUGUCAGAGCUUGAACCCGAUGAUGAGGAUUAUGAGGAGGCUGAAGAGCUGGUGGAAGAUCCCGAUUCUUCUCAAGACUUUGCUUCUUGGGCUAAGAAAACUAUACAGACCCUGGUGAAAAAGGUUGGAUUUUUUGGAAUAUUGGCCUGUGCUUCAAUUCCAAACCCUCUAUUCGAUCUGGCAGGGAUAGCAUGUGGACAUUUCCUGGUUCCCUUUUGGACCUUCUUUGGUGCAACCCUGAUUGGAAAGGCUAUAGUAAAGAUGCACAUCCAGAAACUCCUUGUUAUUAUGGCCUUCAGCAAACACAUUGUAGAACAGAUGGUGGCUCUCAUUGGUGCGAUCCCCACUUUAGGUCCUUCUCUCCAGAAACCAUUCCAAGAUUACUUUGAGGCACAGCGGGUAAAGCUUCAUCACAAAUCUGAGAUGAAGAACAUGUUGGAGAAGGAAAACUGGGUGUCCUGGGUGUUUGAAAAGCUGGUGGUUGUCAUGGUAGCCUACUUCAUAUUAUCUAUAAUCAAUUCCAUGGCCCAGAGUUAUGCCAGACGGAUCCAGCAGCAAAUGAACUCAGGAGAAAAAAUGAAUUAA